UUUUAUUUUCUGACUCUCUCUCUCUCUCUCUCUCUGUUUCCGAUCGUUGCAAUAUCAUCAGGAAUCUCCACAGAAUUAGAGAGGGAGAGAAGAAGAAGAGCUCAGCAAUACGCGCACAAACACACACACACACACUCUCUCUCUGACCAAAGAUGCUAACCCUAGUUUCCAUGUCUCCCUCGUCGUAGAUCUCUCACGGGACCUCGUUAAGAAGCCCUAUCCACACGCCACUUCCAUCACCAAUGGCCGCGGAGCUAGGCCAACAGACGCUGGACUUUUCCGCUUUGGUCACCCGGGCCGCCGAGGACUCCUUCCUCUCCCUCAAGGAGCUCGUGGAUAAGGAGAAGUCCAGGUCGUCCUCCACCUCCGCCUCUGCGGCCGGAGACCCACAGUCCGACACCGAGAGGAAGAUUAACCUCCUCAAGUACAUCUACAAGACCCAGCAGCGCAUGCUUCGCCUCAAUGUCCUCGCCAAGUGGUGCCAACAGGUUCCUUUGAUACAGUACUGUCAGCAGCUUUCCUCCACUCUAUCAAGCCAUGAUACAUGUUUCACACAAGCUGCAGAUUCAUUAUUUUUCAUGCAUGAGGGGCUACAGCAAGCUCGUGCUCCUGUUUAUGAUGUACCAUCUGCCGUAGAAGUGCUUCUUACAGGAAGUUAUCAGCGUAUACCAAAAUGUAUAGAAAACGUGGGUAUUCAGAGCACAUUAAAUGAGGAUCAGCAAAAGCCAGCUUUGAAAAAGUUGGACAUGCUUGUACGGACUAAAUUACUCGAAGUUUCAUUGCCAAGAGAAAUAUCUGAGGUAAAAGUUUCUGAUGGUACUGCACAGCUCCGUGUGGAUGGCGAGUUUAAGGUUUUGGUUACACUUGGUUACCGAGGACACCUAUCAAUGUGGAGGAUAUUACAUAUGGAGCUUCUUGUUGGUGAGAGAAGUGGACUAGUGAAGCUGGAAGAAUCACGACGGCAUAUUCUUGGAGAUGAUUUAGAGCGUAGAAUGGCUGCUGCAGAAAACCCAUUUCUAACAUUAUACUCAGUCCUCCAUGAGUUUUGUGUUGCACUUGUCAUGGACACUGUCAUUAGACAAGUACAAGCGCUUCGACAGGGACGAUGGAAAGAUGCAAUCCGAUUUGAGCUCAUAUCUGAUGGUAGUACAGGUCAUGGAGGGAGUGCUGGUUCUACACAAUUGAAUCCAGAUGGAGAAGCUGAUUCAUCUGGACUACGUACACCAGGGUUAAAAAUUCUAUACUGGUUAGAUUUUGAUAAGAACGUUGGAACACCUGAUUCAACAUCAUGCCCAUUUAUUAAAAUUGAACCAGGACCAGAUCUGCACAUAAAAUGUCUUCAUAGCACAUUUAUUAUAGACCCAAUAACUGGGAAGGAGGCAGAACUUUUUCUUGACCAAAGUUGCAUCGAUGUUGACAAGUUGCUGCUAAAAGCUAUAUGCUGUAACAGAUAUACUCGUUUGCUUGAAAUUCAGAAGGAGUUGGGGAAAAACGUGCAGAUCUGCCGAACAGCAGGUGAUGUUGUUCUUCAGUUGCCCUUGGAUGAACUCGAUAUUGACUAUAGAAAGAAUGAUAAGAAGUCUGACAGCAGGGAAUAUGAGGGGCAGGAAGUAUUACGUGUUCGUGCCUAUGGCUCAUCUUUUUUCACCCUCGGAAUAAAUAUAAGGAACGGUUCUUUUCUUCUUCAGACAUCCCGGAAUAUUCUUGAACCUUCAGUAUUGUCGGAUUGUGAAGAAGCUUUGAAUCAAGGAAGCAUGACUGCAGCUGAGGUUUUUAUAAGCUUGAGAAGCAGAAGUAUUAUGCAUUUGUUUGCAUCUAUUGGCAGGUUUUUAGGCCUUGAGGUGUAUGAGCAUGGUUUUGCUGCUGUAAAAGUACCUAAGAACAUGUUGAAUGGUUCAUCUAUGUUGCUGAUGGGGUUUCCAGACUGCGGGAGCUCUUAUUUUCUGCUAAUGCUCCUUGAUAAGGAGUUUAAACCCCUGUUUAAAUUGUUAGAGACACAGCCAGAUCCAUCUGGAAAAGCCCAUUCUUUUAACGACUUAAAUCAUGUGGUGCGGAUCAAGAAAAUUGACAUUGGCCAGAUGCAGAUGCUUGAGGAUGAAAUGAAUUUGAGCCUACUUGACUGGGGAAAACUGCUUUCCUUCUUGCCUAGUUCUGGGGGUCCUAAUCAUAGUUCCGAACACGGGAUUCUUCCUGAAAUUGGCCCUGAGAGUUCUAUGCAGAUUGCUGGAUGUCCACCAUCUAGUUUUUCAUCUUUUGUUGAUGAAGUGUUUGAACUUGAGAAAGGGUCAUCUGCAAUUCCAUUCUCUGUUCAUAAUCUCUCUUCUUCAUACAGUACAUCUCCUGCUUCUCAUUUUGUUUCUGCUCCAAUGAAUCUUCAUACAAUGAAAGCUAAAACCCCCUCUCCUAAGUGGGAGGGAAGUAUGCAGAUCUCACAGAUCAAUAACAUUUCAAAAGUUUCCAGUAUGACCACCCAUUAUAAUGGCUCUCUGUAUUCCUUGAGCAAUUUGAAGGGCCCUGCACAAUCCCAUUCACUCAGUUCACUCUCUUCCGGUACAGGAAGAGGCACAACUAUGAAAAAACUAUCAGCCUCAAAGUCUGAGCAGGAUUUGGCUUCUCUUAGAUCCACACAUUCGGUUGAAGUUGGGUCAGGUAGCCCAAUGGAUGAAGAUCAGCUCCGAUUACUAAAUGAUACUUCAAAUGAUGCAUAUGGGAGCAAGUCAGCUCGACUAUUAUCUCCUCAAGUCACUGCCCCUCGAAUGUCUGUACCAGGUGCAAAAUCUAAUGGAAUUAGAAAUUCGCCUUCCAGGCCUCUCGCUGGAUCGCUCAGAAUUGCUGGGUCAAGCUCAUGUACCACAACUCCCGUAUUUUCAGCACAUGCACCAGAAUCUGCAAUCUGUCCAAGUCCUAGUCAAGAUGUUGUCUCCAAGCAUGAUAAAAACCCUCGAAAGCGUACAGUUUCAGAUGUUUUGAAUUUGAUUCCAUCACUUCAAGGUCUAGAAGCAGCUUCCAGGUUUUGUAAGAGAAGGAAAAUCUCAGAAUAUGCUCAUGCUCUACACCCAUCAUCACAGGCACCUAUAUCAACAGAGGUGGUUACUAAAAUGGAAGGAUAUAGUUAUGGGAAUCUAAUAGGUGAAGCAAAUAAAGGUAAUGCAUCUUCCAGCAUUUAUGUUUCUGCUCUUCUUCACGUGGUCAGACACUGUUCACUCUCUAUCAAGCACGCUAGACUAACUAGCCAGAUGGAAGCACUAGACAUUCCUUAUGUUGAAGAAGUUGGGUUAAGAAAUGCAUCCUCAAACAUAUGGUUUCGGCUUCCAUUUGCUAGAGGUGAUUCAUGGCAACACAUAUGCCUGCGGCUUGGCAGACCAGGAAGCAUGUAUUGGGAUGUCAAAAUUAAUGACCAGCACUUCAGGGAUCUAUGGGAGCUUCAGAAGGGAAGCAAUAGUACACUAUGGGGUUCUGGUGUUCGCAUUGCCAAUACAUCUGACAUAGAUUCUCAUAUUCGCUAUGAUCCAGAUGGUGUUGUUCUUAGUUAUCAAUCUGUUGAUGCUGAUAGUAUAAAGAAGCUGGUGGCUGAUAUCCGAAGGCUCUCCAAUGCAAGAAUGUUUGCCCUUGGCAUGCGUAAGUUGCUUGGAAUACGAGGAGAUGAGAAACCAGAAGAGUGCAGUACAAACUCUGAUGUUAAAGCUCCAAUUGGAGCCAAAGGUGCUCCUGAGACAGCUGAUAAGUUAUCAGAGCAGAUGAGACGAGCAUUUAGAAUUGAGGCUGUUGGAUUAAUGAGCUUAUGGUUUAGUUUUGGCUCAGGUGUCCUAGCUCGCUUUGUUGUUGAGUGGGAAUCGGGUAAAGAGGGUUGCACGAUGCACGUCUCUCCUGACCAACUUUGGCCGCAUACAAAGUUUCUGGAAGAUUUUAUAAAUGGAGCUGAAGUUGCAUCCCUCUUGGACUGCAUUCGCCUGACUGCAGGGCCCUUGCACGCUCUUGCUGCUGCAACACGACCUGCACGAGCCGGUCCUGGGCCUGGGGUCCCUGGGGUAGCAGCAGCUCUUUCUUCUAUCCCAAAACAGGCAGGGUAUAUUGCAACAUCUCAGGGCCUCUUGCCUAGCAAUUCAACCACAAGCAUUGGUCAGGCUACUUCUGUGCCUGUAGGGAACCCAGCUGCACCUUCUGGCACAGGGACUCUUGCUAAUCACGGCCUUCAUGGAGCUGCAAUGUUAACUGCUGCUGGUCGUAGUGGCCCUGGCAUUGUUCCGAGCUCACUCCUACCUAUUGAUGUCUCUGUUGUGCUACGUAGCCCCUACUGGAUACGAAUCAUCUAUCGCAAAAAUUUUGCUGUUGACAUGCGCUGCUUUGCAGGAGAUCAGGUAUGGUUGCAGCCAGCAACACCACCAAAGGGGGGCUCUUCCGUUGGAGGAUCAUUACCAUGUCCACAGUUUCGCCCUUUUAUUAUGGAGCAUGUUGCUCAAGAACUAAAUGGUUUAGAUCCUAAUUUCACCGGUGGUCAACAGAUGGGUGGACUGGCAAAUUCCAACACACAUAACCCAAUUUCAGGUUCUCAAUUAUCUGCUGCAAAUGGAAAUAGAAUUAACUUGCCCAGUUCUGCUGUAAUGGCCAGGGUAGGAACCCAAGUAUCGGGCUUGAACCGAGUGGGAAAUACUCUUUCAGGAUCUCCAAAUUUAGCUGUUGUGGGCUCUGGAAUGGCUUUGCGUAGAACCCCAGGCACAAGUGUCCCAGCACACGUGAGAGGAGAACUGAAUACUGCCAUUAUUGGCCUUGGGGAUGAUGGGGGGUAUGGAGGUGGCUGGGUUCCUCUUGUUGCUCUUAAGAAGGUAUUAAGAGGUAUUCUCAAGUACCUUGGAGUGCUUUGGCUAUUUGCCCAGCUGCCAAACCUUUUGAAAGAGAUCCUAGGAUCAAUUUUGAAAGACAAUGAGGGUGCACUUUUGAAUUUGGAUCAGGAGCAGCCUGCCUUGCGCUUCUUUGUGGGGGGCUAUGUAUUUGCUGUAAGUGUCCACAGAGUUCAACUUCUUCUUCAAGUCCUCAGUGUGAAGCGCUUCCAUCAUCAGCAGCAGCAACAACAGCAAAACUCACCCGCUGCACAAGAGGAACUAACUCAAUCUGAAAUAAGUGAGAUAUGUGACUACUUUAGCCGCCGUGUUGCAUCAGAGCCCUAUGAUGCUUCUCGUGUUGCUUCAUUCAUUACUCUUCUCACCUUACCUAUCUCAAUUCUUAGAGAAUUCUUGAAAUUAAUAGCAUGGAAGAAAGGAUUAGCCCAGGCACAGGGUGGAGACAUAGCUCCUGCACAGAAACCGCGCAUUGAACUAUGUCUUGAAAAUCACACCGGAUUGAAUAUGGACGAUAACUCUGAGAAUUCAUCUGUAGCCAAAAGCAAUAUCCAUUAUGAUCGCCCGCACAACUCAGUUGAUUUUGCUCUAACUGUUGUUCUGGAUCCUGCACUCAUACCACACAUAAAUGCUGCUGGGGGGGCUGCUUGGUUGCCCUACUGUGUUUCUGUGAGGCUGAGAUAUGCGUUUGGGGAAAACCCAAGCGUGUCUUUUCUUGAUAUGGAAGGAAGCCAUGGAGGCCGAGCUUGCUGGUUUCGUGCUGAUGACUGGGAGAAAUGUAAACAGAGGGUUGCUCGUACUGUGGAGCUUAAUGGAUCUUCGGCAGCAGAUGUCAAUCAAGGAAGAUUGAGAAUAGUUGCAGACACUGUGCAAAGAGCACUGCAUUCAUACCUUCAAGGGCUAAGGGAUGGUGGUGGGAUUACAGCGAGCUCUGGGUCAAUGUGAUUAGUUAGGUCACGGUCAUUAGCAGCACAUGAUUCUCCGAGAUUGGUAUCUCGCAGUAAAUCAUUUCAGGUUGUGUAGAUUUUUAAUGGCUUGUAUUUUUUUUUCUGAGGGUAUGCAAAGUGGAGGAACUUGCAGUGAUGGGGGAAGAGAACCCUGGCAAUAGAUGAUUUGAAUGAAAAAAGUUGCAGAGUUCGGCGACGGAUGGACAGUUAAUCUGGGGCUAAUUUGAUUAGCUGACUUAGAUCUCUAAUAAGUAGUAGGGUGGAUGAUAUUUUUGGACCUUAGAUCAUCUGAUAAUUAGGGUGUAAAAUGUUUUUGAAGAUGAGUGUAAUUGUUUUUCUUGUACAAAUCACACUUGACGUCUGUAUGAUACGAACUCUGUAAAAAAAGUUGGUUUUGUUGGAGUUUUAUACCCCACCCCCCCAAUGGACACUUGCAAGAUGCUCAUCUUCUGAUUUA